UGUAGUAGUUUAUCACUCUGGCUCCCAAUGACCUUUGUUGAACGUGAUCGAUGUCUACGAUGGCGCCUUGGCUGGCUACCCAAUAACUACUCAACCAGUUGCCUCUACCAUCCAACGCGUACACUUACAAAAGCCCACAUCAUUGACUGCCUUAAGAAACACAACCGCUUACAGCUUCCCCACACCAUAUCUGAUCCCAUCUUUUUUUUUGCUGAAUUUGUUACCCACCAGUCCUUCAAGGCAGCACAAAAUACGGUGCCACGCUUGGACACUUCGAUGGCCCACUCUGCAGCUAAUACUAUCUGA